UAUUUCUCACAAAUCAAAAAAUUUUACCUGGCUUAAUGUUACUUCAAACAUUUUUAAAGUAAUUUAUAAUUUGAUUCAGUUUAGGUUUCAAAAUAGUUCAGUUUUUAUAGGAUAAGUUGUUUGGAAUAUUUACAUGAUUUUCGUUGGUAAAUCCAAUAGAUUAAUAUAUAGGUGUAACGAAAGACCAAAGUGGUAUUACUAUGAUACACAUGAUGGUGCAGAAAAAUUAAAUCGGUGUCGUUAAUUUUAAUAUCGGUUACUUCAAAAAAUUUCUCAAAUUCACAUAGAUUUGAUUUUCCGACAUUGAAAAGUACGUAUAAAUUACGGGAAUCUAGGGCAAAACCAUGUCUGCGUCUCUCUCCCAAUUAAUCAAGUAUAAUUAUAACCGUUGAGGCACCUCCUUAUAGCAGACGCCCUGAUCGCCCAACCUCACGAAUUAAGAUAAGAUUAAGAUCUUAAUUUGUACCUACCCCUAACGCUAGCAUUGAUAAAAGAUCUGUGGAUAAUCGUGGUAUUAACCACGGUUAUAGGUUUAGUAUCUAUAUCAACCACGUAAAUAGAUAUAGCAAAGAUUACAUAAUCUGUGUCCAGUAAUAAUAGAUUUAAGUACAUUGUAAAUAACACGAAUUUAGACACUAGUCAGAUGAACCGACUAACCGAGGUAAAUAAUGAAAUUUUAAAUACUCAAUACUCUAUACUCAUAUUGUAAUCGUUUCCUCGAGUUAUGUUUAGUAAAAGUAGAAUUAAACCUUUACAUUUAGUAGGUAUAUCGAAAUUACAUGAAAUAUGGAUGUAUUACGUCCAAAGAUAUUUGUCAUCAAUGGACGUCAAUAUCGAUUAAAUACUGACGAUUGUUUCCCCGAUGAUAAUAUUAAUGAAAUUCAGACGGAUAUUGCGGAAAAGCUUCCAUCUUAUGUCGAAAGAGAUGGUGAGUAUGUCAGGAUUAUAAUAAAUCCUGACACGUAUUCCUAAAAAUUUGAUAGUUAUUAAUUUCCAUAUCUACUUUAUCCAUAGAUUCAUACUAAUGUAAUGGAUUUUAAUCAAUGGCUGGCCAUAGUCUUAUUAGUUGUAUAUUUGCCGGUUGGUCUAUAAUUUCUGUUUAUCCUUAACAAUAUCUAUAAUAAAUUUAAGGUUUUUGAAAAUUUAGAUUUCAUAAUAAAUACAUGUUAUUAUUUGACUCUCAUUUGCUAGUACCUAUAGAUUAAAAUAUAGUAUAAAAUAUAAAUUUUUUGUAUAUAUAUUUUAUAUAUAGAUACCGACGAAGAAUAUGAUGAUUUAAAUAUAUACAUAGAAGACGGUCAGUGUAUAUUGAAACUAGAAGUUCCUAAGUAAGUUAUAUUUUAUUGAUAAUAACAGACAUUUUCAAUGUAUUAUUGUUUUAUUAGCAAUCAGUUUAUAGUUCUGUUCGUAUUAAUAAUGUGACUUUAAAACUUCAUAUUGAAUGUUUUUUAACUAUUAUUAUUUGCUGCUAUACAGUAUAGUAUACAAAUAAUAAUAUGUGUAAUAAAUAAGAAAUAGAUUAUCUGUUGACAGUGUAUAACUUAUAAUUUUAUAUUUAUAUGUGUGGAUACUGUUUAUUUAAUAUAAAUAAUAAUAAUAAUAAUAAUAAUUUUUAAAAACAUUGUAUUUCUUUUAGUUAAAGCGUUUUGCUUUAAUAAUUGUUUUUCAACAUUUAAAAUAACAAGUCAUCAUCAUCAUUAUAUUGCUUCAUAAUUCUGAGUUUUAACCGCUUCUGUUAGUGCUCUCCAAUUAACACGGUUCUGGAUCAUUUCCUCCUAGUUUAUAGCUUCCAAUCUCUCUAUGACUUGUAUGCCAUCCAUCUAUCGUUUCUUUGGUCUCCCUCUUGGUUUCUUUUCUUCUGGUUGCCAUUCAUUAUUUGCUAUAUGUUUGUUUGUUGCCUCUUAUUUUAUGUGUCCAAACCACUUUAAUCUCUGUUCCUUAUUAUAACUUUUUAUUACAGGUUAUUUAGUCAUUUUUCUUUUCACCAAAUUUUUUUUCUUCUCCAGCAGUUCAAGACAGUAUUAAAGGUCUGCAUAUAGUUCUUACCACUUUCUUCUUGAAGUUUUAAGUUUUUGAUUAACUAUUAUUGUCAGGGGUUAUACUUUGAAUUUGUAAGUAAUUAUUGGUUUUACUGUCACAGUAUAUACAGUAUAUAAAGGUACUUUUGUAAUUCUAGAGAAGAGAAUUAUUUAUUAUUAUUUAUUUAUUUAUAUCUACUUCAAUAUUUCAAUUGUUAUUCCCGGUAAUUGUUGCACCUAAAUCAGUGGUUUUUAAACUUAAUUUGGCACACUUCGUUUCUCUCAACAUUUUUACAGUCCACUCUGACCUUUUUCUUUUGGUCCUUGUUUAAUUAUUUCACAAAAUUAGAACUAAUAACAAAAUUGAUGAGUCAUAGUCAAACAAAUCAUAAUCAAAAGAGUUAUGAUUUCAUACUUAAAAAGUGGAUAACCGUAACUGGUAGUCCAGCAUAAUGUAAAGAAAAUAAAUUUUAGAAGACGGCGGCACAACUAGUGAAUGCAGCAUCCAGUUUGAAAACCACUGACCUAAAUACUUUAAAUGUUGAGUUUUUUUAAACGUGUAGCUCUCAAUUGCUAGGUUUUUGUCUUCACUGGUUAUUAUUUCUAUUACUUUAGUCUUUACUUUGUUUAUCACUAGUCCAAUAUUUUUGGCUUAAAACUCCCAUAAAAUGUAAUUUUAAUGUUAAGUACAAAUAUUUUCAAAUAUGUACACAAUUUUUUUUUUUAUUUUGCAUCUACCUACUAAAGAAAAUGUUGGAAAUAUCUAAGAUAUAUAAUUUGGGAUAUGGUAAAUCAGUGUAUACUACAUUUUUACCUGUAUUAUGGGAUAUCAAUAUAAUUUAUAUUAUGUUAAAUAUAACUUGGAAAAUAUUUUAAUAUUUUUUAAUAAUAAUUUUAUUUAUUUACCAUAUUUUUAUUUUGAUAUUUGAUAUUUAUUUGAUUUUAGUAUAUUUUUUGGUUUGAUUAUUGGAAGAAAUAGAGAGAAUCUUAAGAAUCUUGAGUAUCAAACAAAAACAAGAAUUAAAAUACCAAGUUCUAGAGAAAAUAAUAUGAUAAGUAAGUCUAAAGAAAUUAGUGAUAACUAGUUAAAAUAUAAGAUGUUUAAUAAAUUUAAAUGGUUAUUCAUUACAUUCUAUAAUUUUAAUUUUUAUUAUAAUUUAUAUUAUAUUGAAUAACUUAAUUUGUACUAAAUGUAACUAGGAAUUAUCGAUUAUUAAAAUAAAAUAAUUUUUGAUGCUACUUCAUAUGUUGAAUGCUUACCAACAUCAAUAAUUGGUGUCAGUAAUGCAUUCGACACCAUUUGGUGUCCAACAAUAUACAUAUGAUUUGGUAUUUCUUACCCGUGGUUGAAUAUUUGCUUAUGAUUAACAUGAUUAAAUAGAUAAGGAUUAAACAAUUAUGUACACACUGGAGUGAAAACUGCAAAAAGAUGUACGCAGUCAUGGUGUUAAAAUACAGAAUUUAAUAGUGUAGUAUUAAUUUGAUUUUCAGUAAUAAAAGGAGAACAGAGAGCGUUUAUUAUUGCUGCUAAAUCAAAACUUAAUGCAAUUAUCAAGAAAGCUCGUUUCAAGCAGGAUGUGACUCAUUUUAUAUCUUUGCCAAUGAUAAAUGAAACAGUGAUUGACAACUAUUUAAAAUUUAAGGUAAUAAAUAUUAGUUAGUAAGAAUUAAUUUGUCAAAAAAUUAAUUUUAAUUAUUUUUGUGAUUUGUGUGUAACAGAAAGUAGUUCUUAAAGAAUUUGGCCAGUGCCGUGGUAUCUCUGAAGUUUUAUUUCAGGAUCAUUUACAACUUCAUUUAACAAUUACCUGUUUUGUUUUAUGUAAUGCAGCAGAGAUAAAAAUAGCCCAUAAAUUAAUGAAAGACUGCGAAGAAACUAUUAUAAAGUAUAAAACUUAACAUUUAUUUACAUACAUACUAUUUGACUGAAUUUAAUUAUCAAAUCAUUUUUUUAAGGCCUAUGAAUUUGACAUCUUUAGAUGUAUUAGUUUCUGGUUUAGAUUAUAUGAAUGAUGAUCCAUCUGAAGUAAAAGUUUUAUAUGCUAAAGUGACAAAUCCUGAAAUUCAAGUGUUGGCUGAUAAAAUACAAACAUUUUUCCAAGAUUGUGGUAAAUACAUACUAAAUACAUUUUUGUUUUAAUUUGUAUUUAUAAUAGAGAUAAACUUUUACAUUAAAAUUUUGGGUGACACUUCUGAUAAAUUUUAUGUUCAUAAUAAAUUUGGUAUUUUCAAUUAAUACAACUACUAUUUUAGAAUUUUUCAUUUGGCCCAUAAUUUUUAAAUUUUCAAAUUAAGUGUCUGAUAAUACAGACUACAUUGAACUCUGAUUUUUCAUUUCAUUUUAAUUAAUAGCAUACAAAAAUUAAAAAUUACCCUUUUUACAAAUGUAUUAUAAAGUUUGAGAUGAAAAUAUUGAAAAAUGGUAUUAAAUACAGUCUGUUGGAAGACUUCCUAUAAACGAAAAAAAAUGAUACAUACAUACUUGGCACAAUAGGUGGGCCACUGUUAUGGGUGAGAAGUUUGUAAAGUAGAGGGAAAUGUAAUGUACACCUGUACGCAACAAUUAACCAUUGCUAACAAAAAACGAUUCUGAGCGGAGUUUGGUUAAUAGUGUUGCUUUAUCAAAAAUAUAUAUGUAAUUUUAUGGUAAAAUUUAUUUAAUUUAUUUUGCUAUUUUCCUGUUUUUCCCAUUUUUUUAUGAAAACAGCUGGGAAAACUAAAAUAUGACCUCCCUAAUGUGCCACCCCAUUUAGAUUUCCUUUCAGAAAAACUGUUUUAAUUGAAAAUCUGAGUAAUAUUGUUGGUAGAAAAGUUGUUCAUGGAUAAAAAUAAAUAAAUAAAUAAACACUAUUGUAAAACUAAUACAUUUCUUGUUCUGUUCAAAAAUUAAAAUAAUGAAAUCAGACCACUAUACGAGCCAUGAAUUUUUCCUAUAAGAUAUUGUUUUUGAUUUAUAAAACGUGCCGAUACCAUGACUUUUAAUAUAAUAAUAAAACUACUGCAUAGUAGAUGUGUUUUUAACUUAUAACAACAGCUAUUGAACUUUUUUUUUUGGUUAUUUAUUGCUCAUUUAUAAUAGUCCAUAAAUUAUUGAAUUUGGAUUAUACAACAAUUUUGAUUAGAAAUCAUAAUUUUUACGAAGGACAUUUAAUUAAUCAUAAUCAAUUAUAUUGAAUGAAAUAUUACAACACUAAUUGAAAUUCAUUAUUUUAUUUGUAAAAAAAAAAUAGAUUUAGUAAAACCAGCAAGAAAUGACCAUGUAAAGUUACAUGUAACUUUAAUGAAUUCAAGGUUCUCUCAACAGGCAAAUAUUGUAGAUGAAAAUGUUGACAAUAGAUCUCAUUUUACAUUUGAUGCUAAGAAAAUAGUAGAAGUAAGAUUAUUAAAUGAUUGUUGUAAACUUUAAAUUCUAUAGAUAAUAUACAAUAUUAUUUACAUAUUUGUUGCAGAUUUUUGAUAACUAUAUAUUUGGAAUGGUACACCUGACAGAAAUUCAUUUAUCUCAGCGUCAUACUAUUGAUUCAAAUGGAUAUUAUAAAUCAUCAUUUGUUAUUCAGUUAUAAGUAUCAAAAUAUUGUUUAAAUCAUUAAACUUUAUUAUAUUUAAUUUGAAAAAAAAAUUUUCAUCAAUUUAACGUAUAUGUUAAAAAAAAGCUACUCUGUGAUGUAUAUUCAUUUUUUUUAUAAACCAAGAAAGAAUUAGAAAGUUUUUGAGAAAAAAAUUCAGAAAAAACAUUUACUAUAAUUAAAUUUUCAAAUACCGGGUGAUUAAUUUACGUGGGUACAUUCAUUAUCUCGGAAAGUAAUAACUUUUUUCAGAAUUUGUUUUCUAGAACAUUUAAGAAAUAAUCAGCUUUACAGUUUUAUAUUUUUGUUAUUUUUGUAACCCUUAUUUUUGGGGGUAAAACCACUACCUACUUUUGAUUUUCAAAUAGCAACCUAUAUAAAAAAUACCAUAAAGAAAUGGAGUAUUAGUUAAAAUAAAUUUGAGUGUUGAAAUUUUUUAUUUUUGUCAAGCUAUUGACGAGAGAUUCCACUUUUAAUUUUAGGUUGAAGGAGGGUAGUGAAUCAUUAAUAACACAUUGUGCACCGUACCACCACACAAAUGAUACUCCACUACUCUCCUCCAACCCAAACUUAGAAGUGGAAUAUCUUGUCAACAAAUCAAAAAUUUCAACACUAAAAUUAAUUUUGACUAUUACUCCAUCUAUUUAUGAACUUUUUAAUAAAGGUUGCCAAUUAAAAAUCAAAAGUAGGUAGUGGUUUUCCCUCCAAAAAUAAGGGUGACAAAAAAUAAUAUAAAUAUAAGAUAUUAGAGCAGCUUGAUUCUUAAAUAUUUUAGGAAACAAAUUCUGGAAAAAGUUAAACCUUUCAGAGAUAAUGAGUAAAUAAUAAUAAAUAAAUGUAUAAAUAAAAAAUUUGAUUAUAAAAAUAAAAUAAAUAAAUUAAUGAAUGUGUCACCUGGAGUAUUAUGACAAGUGUAUUAUUUAAAACCAGUCAUAUAACGCAUUAAUUAAUUAAUUAAUUUUAUUUGUAGGUAUACAUUUUUUAUUCAUAUAUUUAUUUACGAGUAUUAAUCAUUUUAAUAAUUUUGUUUUUACUUUAUUAUUUUAUUAUUAAAUUUUCAAAAAAAGUUGGUCAUUUUUGAUUUACUUUGAGCCACUUUUCAUAGAAAAGUAUACCAAAUCAAAUUAUUUUUCAAAACUGAAAUAGUACUUCUGGAAGUAUGUUAUGUUAAGUUUAAAUUUAUAAAAAACUGAAUCACUUUCAAUCCGUAUGAGCUGUCUUGUCUUACAUUUGUAAUGACAUGGCAAAUUUGUGUUUAGCAGGGACAACUACUAUUUGUACUUUUAAUAAUAUUAAGUUAAUAUUCAGGUUAAUACUCGGUUAAUACUCAUUUAUUAUCUAAUUUAAAGCCUAAAGGUAAAUAAGAACAUUGUCUGUGCAACGAUAGAGAUUUUUUUCAAUAUUUUUAAGCAAUAUUCAUGAAUAUAUCACUAUAAUAUAAAAAAUGCUUUUACCUUGCUUAAAAAAUUUAAAUAUCCAAAAACAUAUUUUGGAGGGAAUGCUCUAGGGUUUUUGUAUUCAAAUUAUUGAGGUCAAUAUAAAAGAUACAAAAACCUUUUUUUUCUUUCUUUUUUAAAUAAUCUUAACUUUUUUAAUAAUUCAUAAUUUAAAAAAAUGCUUAUAAGUAGCUAAAUUUUACAUUUAUUUUAAGUUUUUAGCGUCCUAAAUUUAAAAAAAAAUUCUAUACAAAUUUGUGUAAUAAAAGUAUCUUUAAUCUUUUGCAAAAUAUUUAUCAAGAUAUAAGAUACUAUUGUAUCUGUGAUACAAUCCUGCUAACCCCCUUCUCGUUAAGGGGAGGUAAUAAUACUAUCGGUAUUCAUUGUAUUCCAUCUCAAUUUGAUUUUUUUCAAUGUUGAUAAUACGUAAAUAGUUUAAGAAAACUGAGAUUUUAGCACGAAAUUGAUUAUCAAUAUAAACUUUUACUAAUAUACAAUACUACGUAGGUAUACUUGUUACUGCAAAAUAUGCAAUUCAGGAAGCUGGUAAUGUUUCUUGUACAUUUUUAUUAUACUCCAUAGACCACAAUAGGUAAGAAAAUGUCAAAAUAUCAACUAAUUUAUCAAUAAAUAAAUAAAUAUUUACCAUUUUGUGUUAGUGAAACUAUAUUUAUUACUGCAUAAACAAAAUUAUUAUAAUCUGAAGUAGGUAUCUAUUAUUUAUUGUUUAUUUUCAGGAAUUCAUGGAAAAUAAACCCAUCACAAAUAAACAUAAAAAGAAAGCAGAAAUAUCAUUCAACUCAUCAAUAUUACAAUUUUUAAUUAUGAAGGUAAUAUAUUAGAUUCAGAGCAUAGUGAAUGAUCUGUUGGUUUCACUAUGAUGUGUGUGUAUUUAUUUAUUUUUUCAAUUUAUUGAGAAAACUCCUGGGUAAACCAAAAAUAAAACUUCUUAAAAUAUCUCUCCAGUCAGAUUUCUUUCAGAAAAAGUGCAUCAUUGUAAAUCAGAGCAAAAUUGCUGGUAGAAAAGUUCCACAGAAAAAAAAAACAUCAUUGUAAAACUAAUACUCCUCACUUCGCUCAGAAUCCAAAAUUAUAUUUAAUGUUUCAUAAAAUAGAAUUUAUCACAAUGUUUAUUAAGUACUAAAUAUCUGUAAGAUUAGGUUUAAAAUCAAUAAAAAGUAAUUUAAGACUAUUGCAGUGUUUUUCAUAGGCCAUUGAAAUGGCUCAGCCUCCCCAUAAAUAUGCGCCUGUACUUAAUAUUAAUAAUAGGGGGAAUGCCAGUGUCUAUUUUUAUACCAAAAUCAACCCCUAAAGAGUAACUGACCCAGAGUUUAUGGUAUUUUUGUAACGUAAAUUAAACUUUUUUUGUUUAUCUAUGUUACCAUGACCUUGGCAAUAUGUAUGAAAAAAAUAACAAUUUUAUUUUAUCAAAAUGUGACGUUUAAUUAUUUAAUUUUAAAGUAUCAAGUAGUAAAUUGGUGUUAUUUUAUGCGUUUUUCAUCUAAAAAUAAGUUAAAAUAAUAUUUCAAUAUUAAGAGAAGAGGUGAGUAAAAUGUCUUCUUGGUUUUCACUAUUAAUUUGCAUAAUGUGUUUUCAAGGUCCUCUGGAAUAUUUUGCUGUGCAAAACUUAGUGUCGACACUAUCAUUAAUCACUAAUCACAAAUAAAUCCCCUGAAAUAUCUAAUCAAUUUGUUUAAGUUAACAUUUUACAAUAUGCAAUAUACAUUAUAUACAAUUGAAUCGAUGACUAGAAAAAUGAUAAUAUUCUUCAAUACCUAACUUUCGGAAAAUUAAAAAAAAACGGUUUAUUUCCAAAAGUUUUAUUUGAAUAAAAAACUUGUCUGUGCAACCACUGUCUAUCUGGCACACCGAGGGCCCUUGGAAUAUUUUGUUUUUAAAGGCACCAUAGAUGAAAAUUCAAAGAACAUGCGAUAAAUGCGAUUUUUAGUAGUAAGUCGGUUAUAUUGGUCGAUAAUAUUUCUAAAAAAUAACAAUGGAUUUCGUGGAUACAUAUUUACAAAAGUGAUUUUUAUUGUCAUUUCAGUUUUUACUAAUCUGUCUAUAAAUAUAAUCACUGACACAAUAAUUAAUAAUACAUUAUUAUAUUUUAUUAUUUUACUACAGUCUGAAAUUAGUCGAAGAAAGUCUAAACAUUUGUAAAUGUUUGUAAUAUAAUUAAAUAUAAGCCACGAUUACUUGUAAGUUGUAAAAAAAGUCGUAUACUUUUGACUUUGGUUCCCCCUUCCCUACCUCCCGGUUUAUAUUUCUGCGAGCGUCCUUGCAUUUUUAUUGUAUGAUGUAACGGACACGGAAUGUUUAUAUUGUGAACAUUAUAUUAAUAAGCAGCGAUCUUUCGAGUGACGAUAAUGGCGAAGAAAUUAACUGUUUUACACUGUCUCAUUGAAGGAGAUCUGUCCGCUUAAAUAUAAUUUUUUUCUUUUUAUAUGUUACCUAU